UAUUAGAUGGUCCCUUCAAACUGGUUUGCGCAGAGUCCUGGUGUUGCUCACUAGAGGUAAUUUGAGGAAACGUGCUUUCUUAAGUUUUAUUUAAAUUGUGAUCAUCAAUUGUUCGUGUUUCAUUCUUCAAAAUGCAAGGACCAAUUAUUUUACUUAAAGAAGGAACUGAAAGUCAAAGUGGUAAAUCCCAACUAAUCAGUAACAUCAAUGCUUGUCAGUUGAUUGCGGAAGCUGUGAGGACCACUCUUGGUCCUCGUGGUAUGGACAAAUUGAUCGUUGACAACAAAGGUUCUACUUUAAUUAGUAACGAUGGUGCUACUAUUUUGGCCCACCUUAAUGUUGCCCAUCCGGCUGCUAAAGCUUUGGUCGACAUUUCCAGAUCACAAGAUGCUGAGGUUGGAGAUGGUACAACCAGCGUGACUCUACUAGGAGCUGAGCUUCUCAAACAGUGUAAGCCUUUUGUUGAAGAUGGUUUACACCCUCAAGUCAUUAUCAGAAGUAUCAGAAAAGGCUGCCAGUUGUGCAUUGAUAAAAUCAAUGAACUAGCCGCUAAGAUAGACAAGAAUAAUGUUGAUGAGCUCCGAAGCUUACUUGAAAAGUGUGCUUCUACUACUUUAAGUUCAAAAUUGAUCGCUCAUCAGAAAGAGUUUUUCUCUAAAAUGGUUGUAGAUGCAGUCAUGCAACUAGAUGAUCUUUUACCUCUAAAUAUGAUCGGUGUAAAAAAAGUUAAGGGUGGAUCAUUAGAGGAGUCUCAAUUAAUUACCGGGGUAGCUUUCAAAAAAACGUUCAGCUAUGCUGGAUUUGAAAUGCAACCAAAAAAGUAUACCAAACCUAAGAUUGCUCUCCUCAACAUUGAACUCGAACUUAAAGCUGAAAGAGACAAUGCUGAGAUCAGGGUUGACAAUGUUCAAGAGUAUCAAAAUAUUGUCGAUGCAGAAUGGAAUAUUCUGUAUGAUAAAUUGAGAAAAAUCCAAGAGUCAGGAGCCAAGGUGGUUCUAUCCAUGCUGCCAAUUGGUGAUGUGGCGACUCAGUAUUUUGCCGACAGAGAUAUGUUCUGUGCGGGUCGAGUUCCUGCUGAUGACUUGAGUCGAACAAUGAAAGCAUGUGGUGGUGCUAUUUUAACUACUGUUCAUGAUUUAACUGAAGCAAACUUGGGAACAUGUGAACAAUUUGAAGAAGUUCAAAUUGGAGGUGAAAGAUUCAACUUUUUCACUGGUUGCCCUAAGUCUAAAACUGUCACAAUAAUUUUACGAGGAGGAGCUGAACAGUUCAUCGAAGAAACUGAAAGAUCUUUACAUGAUGCUAUCAUGAUUGUGCGUCGUGCUCUUAAAAAUGACUCUGUCGUUGCUGGUGGUGGUGCCAUUGAAAUGGAACUUUCCAAGUAUCUUCGAGAUUGUUCUCGAACUAUUGCUGGUAAAGAACAGCUCAUCAUUGCUGCUAUGGCCAAAGCUUUUGAAAUUAUACCUCGUCAAUUGUGUGAUAAUGCUGGUUUCGAUGCAACCAACAUUUUGAACAAAUUACGACAGAAGCAUGCUACUGGCGGCACUUGGUAUGGUGUUGAUAUCAAUGCUGAAGAUAUUGCUGAUAAUUUCAUUGCCUGUGUCUGGGAACCUUCUGUGGUCAAGAUAAACUGUAUUACAGCUGCAACUGAAGCUGCUUGUCUCAUCUUAUCUGUUGACGAAACUAUAAAAGCACCAAAAGCUCAGACUGAAGAUUCCAAUGCUGCUCGAGCCAUGGGAAUGGGAAUGGGAGGAAUGUAAAUCUCCAACCGAUUCGAACCACUUUUUGAAGCCUCCAUUAACACCAUUGGUUGACAACUUAUCCAAAAAUUUGUACUUUUCGCUAACCAAAUGAACUCAAAACACUUUGAUUAAAUCACAAUAAAAAGGCAAUUCUAAAUUAAAUGUUUUAAUGAUCACAAACAUUCUAACUUAAACAAUGAACUAAUUAAGUGAAUCCCUCCUUAAAUGAAAUAAAGCAACAUUAUUAAAUGAAAAUAA